GACGCCGCGAAGGGCAUCGAGACCACCGUGAAGUGGGGUGGUGCCCGGGCGGCCAAGCGACGCAUGGUCAUAUUCCGAACCUCGCAGCUGGAGGCCGAGCUGGAGCGCUUCGAGGUUCAGAAAGCGCUCGAGUCUGCUUGGCUGCGCAGCGACACGCUGGAGAGCGAGGG